UGUGUAUUUCAGGUGAAGCUACCAGCAUGACGUCUAAUCUAGUGGACGGGACGAUUCUUCAACAACAACAACAGCUGGUCAUCCACCUCCGUAGCUUGUUAGCUAACAGCCGAAACACUACAAUUAUUUAGCCACUGUCGGUGUAUAUUAGCCAAUGUGUUUGAAACACAAGUCUGUCGAAUAGCUGGUUGCCGCAUUUAAUUUUAUUUUACGUUGCUAGUAGUUAGCUAGCUGACUGGUUAAAUCAGAAGUAGCACUCGGCUAAUCAUUAAUGCUAACCAGCUAACUAACAUCCCCGACCAUGAGUUCACUAAACUACUCCCUCCCUGCUAAAGAAGAGGAGGUCUGCUGGACAGAGAAAGAAUCUCUCGCGAAAGAAGAGAAGGAAGAAGAAGCUGUCACAGUUAAACAAGAAGUAGAGGAUGAGGCUGUUACAGUGAAAGAAGAAGAGAAAGACGUUACAGUGAAAGAAGAAGAAUCGUUCAGGUUGAAGGAGGAGAAAGAGCAGGAUGCAGUGUUUGGAGUGAAAGAGGAGGAGGGGGAGUUGACGGUCACAGUGGAAGAAGUGUUUGGAGUGAAGGAAGAAGGGGAGAUUACUGUCACAUUGGAUGAGGAAGAGGGAGAAUUAGAGAAGACUAGAAAUCUGAUUAACACCAGAGAGAGACCAGACUCUCACUCUGACAGCAGCAAGACUCCUUCAGGCAAACCAGAGCCAGAGCUGUCCAAACCAGCGAGACAACACCACUGCUCUCAGUGUGGAAAGAAAUAUACCAGGUUAUGGAACCUGAAAAGGCAUGAGAGAACACACACAGGAGAAAAUCCUUUCCAAUGCUGCCAGUGUGGAAUGUGUUUUACCCGGUUAGGGUACCUUAAAGACCAUAAGAGAACACACACAGGAGAGAAGCCUUACCACUGCUCUCAGUGUGGGAAGAGUUGCUCCCAGUUAGGGAAUUUGAGAACGCAUGAGAGAAUACACAUAGGAGAGAAGCUUAACCAAUGCACUAAAUGUAGAAAGAGAUUUUCCUCUUCCGAAUACCUGAAAAUACAUAAGAGAAUACACUCAGGCGAGACACCUUAUCACUGUUCUCAGUGUGCAAAGAGUUUUACCCGAUUAGGGUCCCUGAAACGACAUGAGAGAACACACACAGGGAAAAAGUCUUUCCACUGCUCCAUGUGUGGAAAGUGUUUUACUGAGUUAGGCAACCUGAAAAAACAUGAGAGGACACACUCAGGAGAAAUGUCUAGUUUUUCCUCAUUGGAUUAUCUGAAAAAACAUAAAAUAAUUCACUCUGGAGUACCACCUUACCAGUGCUCAGACUGUGGGAAGAGAUUUAGCCGAUUAAACCACCUGAGACGGCAUGAGAGAACACACUCAGGAGAGAAGCCCUACCAAUGCUCCCAGUGUGGAAAGAGUUUUACCCAAGCUGCACACUUAAAAUACCAUAAAAGAACACACACAGGAGAAAAACCUUACCAUUGCUCCCAGUGUGGAAAGAAUUUCACCAUGUCAUGUAACCUGAAAAAACAUGAGAGAAUACACUCAGGAGACAAGCCCUAUCAAUGCGCCCAGUGUGGAAAAAUGUUUACCCAGCUAGGGGACAUGAAAAAACAUAAGAGAAUACACACGGGAGAAAAACCCUACCACUGCUCCCACUGUGGGAAAAGAUUUACCUCAUCAGGGGACCUGAAAAAGCAUAAGAGGACACACACAGGAGAAAAACCUUAUCAUUGCUCCCAGUGUGGAAAGAGUUUCUCAGAGUCAAGUAACAUGAAACAACACGAGAGAAUACACUCAGGAGAGAAGCCCUACCACUGUUCCCACUGUGAAAAGAGUUUUACCUCAUCAGGGACCCUGAAAUAUCAUGAGCUAACACACUCUGUAAUUAAGCGUUUCCAGGGUUCCCAUAGUGAAAGGAGUUUUAAGAAGUUAGGGAAACUGAAGCAGCAUGAGAAAAUACACACUAGGGAGAAGCCUUUUGGAACUGCUCCCACUGUGGAAUGAUAUGUGCCUGGUUAAGGCAACUGAAAUUGCAUGAAAGAAUCCACACCAGAGAGAAACCUUACCAAUGCUUUCAGUGUGGAAAGAUAUUUACCCAGUUAGGGAAAGACCAUGAGGUAACACACAAGGGACAUUUCUUACCACUGCUCAUAUUGUGUAAACAAAUUCUUCACAUCACAUGGACUCAAAGUGCAUCAGGGAGCACACAUACGGCUCCCACACUCUGCUCACAACAUUGACACAGAUACAAUGGCACUGCCUGUACACUGACAGACGCCAUAAUGAGACUGAUACAAUGUUGCGAUCUCUAUGCGACAACGAGACAGAGAAUGAGGAAGUGGAUAGAAUCUCCUUAUGAUUAUCAGUAAAAUGAACAACUUCUAAAAUAUUGAUGACUAUAAAAGACCACCAAGCUUUACAGUAGUUAGAAGGGAGACAUUUUGGGUCUUAGAAGAACUCUCUGCUUCUAAGAGGAGCUGGCUACUGUACCGGAAGACAUUUUUUAUAUUUUUGGCAGAGACAUAAAAAUGCUUACCGUGAGUUUAUGUGACUCUAGGUAAGUAGAAAAAUAACAAAUCUCAAUCUCGCAGUAUCCCUUUUUAAGCCAUGUCAGUGACUGGAAUAAUAUUCACCAUUCUUUCUGCCAUGAGUCAUUUAUAAGCAGUGGUGUACAGUACUUAAGUAAAAAUACUUGAAGUACUACUUAAGUUGUAUUUGGGGGGGAUCUGUACUUUUACUUCACUACAUUCCUAAAGAAAAUAAUGUACUUUUUACUCCAUACAUGUUCCCUGACACCCGAAAGUACUCGUAACAUUUUGAAUGCUUAGCAGGACAGGAAAAUAUUGUAAUUCACACACUUAUCAAGAGAACAUCCCUGGUCAUCUCUACCACCUCUGAUCUGGUGGACUCACUAAACACAUGCUUCGUUUGUAAAUGCUGUCUGAGUGUAAAUUUAAGAAACAAUAAAACCGUGCCGUCUGGUUUGCUUAAUAUAAGGAAUUUGAAAUGAUUUAUACUUUAACUUUUGAUACUUAAGAAUAUUUUAGCAAUUACAUUUACUGUUGACACUUAAGUAUAUUUUAAAACCAAAUACUUUUACUCAAGUAGAAUUUUACUGGGUGACUUUUGCUUGAGUCAUUUUCUAUUAAAGUAUCUUUACUUUUACUCUAGUAUAACAAUUGGGUACUUUUUCCACCACUGUUUCAUAAUUCAUAUUAUUUUUAUAAACAAUAUCAUGAUACCAGCACACAGUUAAAUACUAAUUUGCCAUCGAUGAACAAACAAAAACCUACUCAAUUUUUCAGGAUCCAAUCUGUCUUUUAUUCUCUCCCUAUUUUCUUCUCCAUGUUUAGCUUUGAAACCUAUAAUUGUUCAAAAUGAAAUAAGUUCAAUGUGUCAAAUAAUUCUCCAAAGUCAUAAUGACACAGCCAGAUAUUUAAAUGUGAGUUGUGUCUGAAGAUGACUCGGGCUUAGCUGUACAACGCUACAAAUAAUACAUACAUAUACAUACUGUACCACAGCCAUCGACAAACAGAACGGACAUUCCCAUCUGAAACAGUACUGUACCACAGCCAUCAACAAACAGAACGGACAUUUCCAUCUGUAACAGGACUCUACCACAGCCAUCGACAAACAGAACGGACAUUCCCAUCUGAAACAGUACUGUACCACAGCCAUCAACAAACAGAACGGACAUUUCCAUCUGUAACAGGACUCUACCACAGCCAUCGGAAAAACAGAACGGACAUUCCCAUCUGUAACAGUACUGUACCACAGCCAUCGGAAAAACAGAACGGACAUUCCCAUCUGAAACAGUACUGUACCACAGCCAUCGACAAACAGAACGGACAUUCCCAUCUGAAACAGUACUGUACCACAGCCAUCGGAAAAACAGAACGGACAUUCCCAUCUGAAACAGCCAUCGACAAACAGAACGGACAUUCCCAUCUGAAAGUGUUGUUUUGGGUGAACAGCAACUAGCCUCUUUUCACAGGCGAUGUACAUUGCCUUCAGAAAGUAUUCACACCACUUGACUUUUUCCACAUUUUGUUGUGUUACAGCCUGAAUUUAAAAUGGUUUAAAUGUACUUUUUUUGUGUGUGUCUCUGGCACACAAUAUCACAUAAUGUCAAAGUGGAAUAAUGUUGUUUUUUUUUUUUUUUACAAAUUGAUUUAAAAAUUAAAAGUUAAAGUCUUGA